AAAUUGCCCACCUGGAUCCAAGCCUUCAGACUUGACCGUUACAUAUCGGACAAGGCUACUCAAAUAAACCUCUCUAAUCUGGUUGAACUUAUGCAGGAUACCCGGCUCAGCUCAUCUUAUUCCUCCUUAGUUCGUCCAUUCCUCAAGCCACUGAAUCCUUGUCAGCGUACGGCUGUUCUGUCCGUGCUCAUGUCAAAGGACUACACCCUCGUGGAGGGCUUCCCUGGCUCAGGUAAGACAGAAACCAUGGCAUCUCUCAUUAAAUGUCUGGCCUGUCUGCAUAAGAAGGCACUUUUGGUGUCCUUCACGCAUUCAGCUGUCGACAACGUGCUUUCAAGGCUCACAGAGGCCCCCAUCAAAGUUGUGCGACUUGGAGCUACAGAGCGGGUGGCAGACACUGUGCGAUCGUUCAGUCUUGAACAGAGUCUCGCCAACCACAUUCGCCGUCUCACUGAUAAGCCUGGCUCUCAACUUGUUCCGUCGCUGCAGUCAGCUAUCGAUUUUGUCCGUAAGACUGUUGAGUCCGCGAGAGCUUGCAAAACCUGUGAAGUUGAGCACGGCGGCAAAGUGGGCGAAGUUGUAGUUAGGGCACCUAACUGCCAUUCCAUCGGACAACGGACUAAGUCGUUCAGUGUCCUGUAG